UAUGGAUCUAAUAAAAAUAUUCUUUUUUUCCAGUUUGACGACUUCGUGAGGUCUAUCCAGGUGGACCCGCACUCGCCUCUCUUCAGACUCGUCACAGACGGACAACCUCCGCUCAGACAAUGCCUUCACCCCGAGGCGUGCAGCAAGGAGCUGACGCUGCCUGCGUACUACGCGCGCUUCCACGACCUGAGGAAGGAGUACGUGCGCACGUACACAUUGCGCGCGGUGGCGCCGCCUCGUGCGCAAGCGCCGCCGCCGCCUCCGCCUCCCGACCACCCUACCUCGCUGUUGGAUAUGCUCAACUAUUUAGGUAUAACUCCGUACGCUGGAGAGAAUUUUUACGCAGCUGAAGUUAAAGACAUGACCAGCAUAAUACAAAGGAUAAUAUCAGACGGUUUCCGGUUAGAACUGCCAGAGACCGUGGACUUAGUUUUAGAAACAGGAAUAUGGUAAGCAUUUGUAUUAUUACUACUUAUAUUUCUAAUAUUUAGAAUGAACAC